CUUCCCUGAAGCCAGAGGAGUGUUUUCACCCUUCCCUGGUUCCCCUUUUGUUCCAGCGUUAAUUUGCUUUCCCUCUUCAGAUUUAUCAAUCUAGUCAUCACGGGCUCUCUGCCAGGGAAAUUAGUUUGGACCAAUGCCUGACAAAGUGGCAAGUCAACUGCCAUAUUCCUCCAGCUGGCUCAGCCCCUCCGAGUUUGCUCCUUUUGUUAGCAGGGAGAGUCGAAGAGCCUGUGAGCACGUUCCUGCCAUCCCCACGUGCUUUGAACUCCAGCCGGGGGACUGGCACCCAGGGGUGGGACUGGCACCCAAGGGUGGGACUGGCACCCAGGGGUGGCCUGAGCCAUGCAGGGUGACAGAGGUGAUGGCCAAGGGGUUGGGGAGAGGGAGCCCUGGCCCACCCAGGUCCAGCUCCUGGCUCUGCGUGGGCAGGAGAGGUCCAGAUGAGGUGGGGGGGUGUCUCUGGCUCCCGGGGUCCCACGUGGGCGUUGGAGCGGUGGCUGACGCAGCAGCCGGGAUCUGCGGGUGACCGGUGUGCUGGUGGGCGCAGGCGUGUUCCCCAGGGCGCAGGCAGCCUUUGAGCGCAGCAGGCAGAGAUUGUCAAGAGACUGAGUGCCAUCUGCGCCCAGAUUAUACCCUUUCUGACGCAGGAGCAUCAGCAGCAGGUCCUGCAGGCUGUGGAGCGGGCCAAGCAGGUGACCAUGGGGGAGCUGAACAGCAUCGUCGGGCAGCAGCAGCUUCAGCACCUCUCCCACCACGCAUCCCCCAUCCCGCUGACACCCCACCCCUCCAGCAUGCAGCCUUCUAGCCUGAGCGGGGUCAGCGGCACCUCGGGGCUCCUGGCCCUCUCAGGGGCAUUGAUGGCACAGUCUCAGCUGGCUGCCAAGGAGGACAGAGUGGCCCAGGAUGGGGAGAACAGAGAGCGCACCCCGAACCGGAGCGUUUCUGCUUCCCCUCCUGAGAGCCUGCAGGACGAGGAGCGGACGGGAGGCACGGGGCUGAAGCGGAAGCGGGAGGAGAAGGACCUGCCUGGGCAUUAUGAUAGCGAUGGGGACAAGAGCGACUGCAACCUCGUGGUGGAUGAGGACCCCCCCUCAGAGCCCAGCAGCCCCGGCCGCACACCCAGCAGCCGGCUCCCGCCAGCCCGCCGGGAGAUGCCCGAGAGCCCUGCCUCCAUCACCUCUAGCCGGAGCACGACGCCCCUCAAGCCGAAGGACCAGAGCCUGACCGACCCUCCAGCCAGCGCUCCCACCUCCAAGUCUUCCGCUUCCUCGCCGCCCCGCGAUUCACUCACGCCCGGCCCCGGGCCCAGCUCAGCCGCCCUGCUCCGGCAGCCCCCCACCAAGGCACCCACCACUGACACCAUCACUCUCCGCAGCCCGCUGAGCAGGUCCAGCCCGUACACAUCCUCCUUUGGGAUGGUGCCUCACGCCACCCUCAACGGGGAGCUCCCAGCCCCCAGCAUGUACGUGGGCAUCCACCUCUCGCCGCAGGUCAGCAGCGCCGUGAUGUACGGCCGGUCCCCGAUGGUCGCUUUUGAGUCACACCCUCACCUGAGGGCUUCCACCAUCUCAUCUUCACUCCCUACCAUCCCCGGAGGGAAACCCGCCUACUCCUUCCACGUCAGCGCCAACGGGCAGAUGCAGCCGGUGCCUUUCCCACCCGAUGCCCUCAUCGGCUCCGGCAUCCCCCGCCACGCGCGGCAGCUCCACACCCUGACCCACGGCGAGGUGGUCUGUGCUGUCACCAUCAGCAACUCCACGCAGCACGUCUACACCGGGGGCAAGGGCUGCGUGAAGGUGUGGGACGUGGGGCAGCCCGGCACCAAGACGGCCGUGGCUCAGCUGGACUGCUUGAACUGCGACAACUACAUCCGCUCCUGCAAGCUGCUCCCUGACGGCCGGAGCCUCAUCGUGGGGGGGGAGGCCAGCACCCUCUCCAUCUGGGACCUGGCAGCCCCCACGCCCCGCAUCAAGGCUGAGCUCACCUCCUCUGCCCCUGCCUGCUAUGCCCUGGCCAUCAGCCCCGACGCUAAAGUCUGCUUCUCCUGCUGCAGCGAUGGCAACAUCGUGGUGUGGGACCUGCAGAACCAGACCAUGGUGAGGCAGUUUCAAGGCCACACGGAUGGUGCCAGCUGCAUCGACAUCUCUAACUAUGGCACCAAGCUGUGGACGGGGGGGCUGGACAACACGGUGCGGUGCUGGGACCUGCGGGAAGGGCGUCAGCUGCAGCAGCACGACUUCAGCUCCCAGAUCUUCUCCCUGGGGUACUGCCCGACAGGAGAGUGGCUGGCAGUGGGCAUGGAGAGCAGCAAUGUGGAGAUCCUGCACGUCACCAAACCUGAGAAGUACCAGCUGCACCUCCACGAGAGCUGCGUCCUCUCCCUCAAAUUUGCCUCCUGCGGGAAGUGGUUCGUGAGCACAGGGAAGGACAACCUGCUGAACGCCUGGCGGACACCCUACGGAGCCAGCAUCUUCCAGUCUAAAGAGUCCUCGUCCGUGCUGAGCUGUGACAUCUCCAUCAAUGACAAAUUCAUCGUUACGGGCUCUGGAGACAAGAAGGCCACAGUGUACGAGCCACCAAAUGAAGGCCAGGGCACCAGCCCCGUUCCCCGCCCCAGUUCCUCCUAGUGCAUCGCAGAGGUGAAGGAGCGAUGCCCGGACUGGGGCCAGGUAUGUCCCCCCCCCCAAGCUGGGCAGGGGCCCAGGGCUGGUCCAAGCAUCCUAGGCCCUGUCAGUCCGUCGGUCAGGGCUGGAGCGAUAGUGUUGCUCCUGAACUACUGCUACUGAUUUAAUGGCACCCAUUUUCUGCUGCAGAAACAGCUGUAAAUUAUCAGUAAAGAAAUGUAUUUAACUGUGUUUUCAAGCCCUUACUAAUAAAAAAGAACG